AUGGCCGUCGGCAUAGAUCCACCCUUAUCCACUCGGGCCACGCCGCGGCCACUCGUUCAACUGCCCCUCCUCAACCACUCCUCCUACUCCGACCCACGCCGCGCCGCCGCCGCCACCGGAUCCCGACCUGCCGCGCCGCCGUCCACCCCCUCCACCCGCUGCCGCCGUUCGCCCCCUUCCACCCCAGCCCCCCUCCACCCACCGUCCCGGCCGCCCCCUCUACCCGCCCCCUCCACCCGCCGCCCCAUCCGCCGCCUCUACCCGCCGCCGCCCUCCAUCGUUGCCGCCGUCCGCCCCCCCUCCACCGAAGCCCCGGCCACCCCCUCCACCCGCCGCCCCGUCCACCUCCUGCUGCUGCUGGUGACCUGGCCGCGGCCGUGGCUCCGGCGAACUCCGGCGCCCUCCCGGCCCUCCUCUGCUGCUGGUGAGCACCGGGAAGGCCUCGUCCGCCCACGCUCCACCGCCCAUCGCCGGCCCCUCAGACACCACCUCCGCCACCACGUCCCCCGUCGCUCCCCUACUGCCCCCCUCGGUGAGCUCCCCCGCCACCGUGCCGCUUCCCCCGCUGCUGCCUUGCUCCCCUGCCGCUGCUGCCUUGCUCCCGUGCUGCUAUUGUGUUGCUAG